CGCCCUCCAGGGCCGUCGUCUCUCUUCAUCUGGGAUCAUGUUCUAGAGCCGACCCUGCGCAGCAACCAUGAAAGGCUUAGGGGCCAACCGUAGUCACCAUCUGUCCGACACCUGCGACCCCACCGCGGGCCCCCAGGAGCCCCUGUGUCCCUUGGCCCCAGACCCCCACGCCGCCUUCCUCCUGAGCCCCACUGUCAACCACUACGCCACUCUAGAUCCUCACCUCCAUCAUUUUCCUGUUUCCACCCCGACGACGCUGCAGUCGGACUGCCUGCUGCCCUUCAACAACCAGCUGACCACCAGCAGCACCUUCCCUCGCCUCCACUACACCAACCAGCCGGAGCAGAGCGACUACACACAGCAGGCUUGUGUGGCUCAGACGGGCAGUCGCUCCGGCACACUCACGUCCUCCAUGUCCAUGGGCAUGGGUUUGGGUCUGGGACUGGGCGCUCCCGCCAUGAUCAGCAGCGGCACGGCCACCAUCUCAUCCGCGGCCGCUGCCAAGAUGAACCGGCUCCCGGCCAACCUGCUGGACCAGCUGGAGCGCCACCUACCGCUGCAGCGCGACGGCUUCAGCACACUGCAGUUCCACCGGCGCAGCCACGGCUCCAAGCAGUGCAGCGAGAGUCCCAGCCGCAUCCGCAACCUGGUGCAGUCCGUCCAGAAGCUCUUCGCCAAGUCCCAGUCCCUGGAGGUGUCGGCGGUCAAAGGGAGCAUCACCGUGGGCCCAGCCGGAGACGCGGCUAAAGCGGCCCGCCGCAGCAAAAGCAAAGACCGCGCCAAGACCGAAGGCACCAAACGCCACCCGCGGCCCAAUCUCUCAGGCUUCUGGAGCUCGGAUGACUGUUUGGAGGACGAGGCGCCUGCUCAGCCCGCCGCCGGGCCGUUAGCGAUGGCGUAUCGAAACCCUCUCAGCAUGAUGACGCUGGGCAGGGCCGUGUCGGACAGUCAGGCAGCUCCCAGACCGCAUCCGCAGGGCUACAACACCGUCGCGGCUCAUUCGCUCAAAUCCUCCAAGAGCAGCGGAGACCUCAAGCCCACCGUCAGCCUGCCGCCCUCCACGGGCCAGACGGGGGAGAACACGCUGGUCAAGAGGGGCUCGUGGUCCACGCUGACCCUCAGUCAGGCCCGACAGGUGCUGCAGAAGGGAUCCGCCACCGUCAACCGCAGCCUGCUCAAGUCCAAGUCCUGCCACGGCCAGGAGAUGACCUGCAACUUCCUACAGGUGCCUGCGGGUGAAUGGAGCGGGACGCUGGGUAAGGGAGGCGGCGGUGCGGGCGAGAUCCCGUGCAGACGGAUGCGCAGUGGCAGUUACGUUAAAGCCAUGGGAGACAUGGAGGACAGCGAUGACUCGGAUGGACCCCCUUCACCCAAACCCUCGCCCAAAACCGCCGCCAGACGCCAGAGUUACCUGAAGGCCACACAGCGCUCGCUCAGCGAACAGCAGCCGCCGCUGCUACCGCCACGCAACUGUAUGCCGUCUCUAUGCGAGGUCUCCACCAAUCGCAGCCUGGAUAACCUGGACUGUCUGAUGGGAGCGGAUGAGGCGGGUCUGCAGCACUGGGACGCUGAUGGGGGAUUCGGUCAGCGCUGCUCUACACUGGGACGAGGCUCCACCAUGGGCCAGGUGGAGCAGGGCUACCGGAGCAGCGCGGCGUACCGUCAGCUGGACUCUCAGGCGCUGGAGGCCUUGGAUCUGCCCACACCUACCUGCUUCCGCUCCCGGAGCCACAGUUACCUGCGCGCCAUCCAGGCCGGCUGCUCUCAAGACGACGAUACGGGCUCCGUGGACUACGACGAGACGCCACCUAUAACCUCAUCCAUCAGCAGCUACAGCAGCGCCACCGUCUCCACGUGUACGGCCGUCUGUAAGAAGAAUCCUCCGCCUAUUCCUCCUCGAACCACCUUCAAACCCUACAUCGCGGUGACGGUCCAGAGCAGCACCGAAUCGGCCCAGGACACGUACCUGGACAGCCAGGACCAGCGCAGCGAGGUCAACAGCCAAUCAGGACGCAGCAACUCCUCCGACAGCAUCGCCAGCUCUCAGACAGGGAGUCUGGUCAAGUGCGCCAAGCGGCAGCCCAUCCUGCCCCCCAUCCCUGCCCCGCGGGAACCCGUGCCCCUGCCCAGCGCCAGAGUGACCACGCCUCCUCCCGCCAUUGUCCCGCCCUCUCCUGCCCCAGACUCCAAAAACGAGCCCGCAAGCCUCACAGUGGCACCCAACAAACCGCAAGCCCCGCCCAAAAGAAAACUCUCCUCCAUUGGCAUUCAGGUGGAUUGUGUGCAGCCGAUUCUGAAAGAGGCAGCAGCAGAUUUGAGUGUUGGUUGGUGUCUUUAACGGGUCUCUUCUCUCUGUGUGUCCAGACUCAGUCGCUUCACUAGCAUGGCGUCUAGACAGGAGACGACGGAGGCUGAAUCUCAGGAGCAGUCCGACGGUAAACCCUCGCAGAACAAGACGCCCCACCAGAGUUUGGACUGGGGCAGUGUUCUCAAACCCUUGCUGCAGGAGAAGCUGGACCCGGCGCUGGACCCAUCCUCCCUCCCGCCACCUGACCCGUCUCUGCAGGCCGGGAGCGUGAACGGGGCCGUGGAGCAGCCCGGGGGCGCGGCGUGCCUCAGGGACGGGUGCUGGUUCCAGAAGCUUCUGCAGGCCGAGACCGAGCGCAUGGAGGCCUGGUGUCAGCAGAUGGACCAAGAGACCAAAGACAAACCGCUGUCAGAGGAGGUUUUGGGGAAGGUCCGCAGUGCUGUCGGCAGCGCUCAGCUCUUGAUGUCUCAAAAGUUCCAGCAGUUUCUGGGUCUCUGUGAGCAGAACCUGGAUGCGAGCGCUCAGCCGCGGCCCACAGCGCAGGAUCUGGCCGGGUUCUGGGAUCUGCUGCAGCUCUCCAUCGAGGACAUCAGCAUGAAGUUUGACGAGCUCCACCUCCUCAGGUCCAAUGACUGGAAGAUGUCUGAGACCCAGGACAAAAAGGAGGAGAAGAUGUUUGCUCCAUCCCACACACCAAAGAAGACGGUAAAGGUCAAAACCUCCGGCGGGAAGGAGAAAAGCAGCGACUCGGUGGCCGACAAGCAGCGUCAGGAGGCCAGAAAGCGACUGAUGGCGGCCAAGCGAGCGGUUUCCGAACGACAGAACUCCGCCACCGAGAGCGCCGAAAGCAUCGAGAUCUACGUCCCCGAGGCUCAGACGCGACUCUAACAAAGCCCAAAAUAACAAA